UCAAACCUCAACCAGUGCGGUCUUUCUCUAAUGUACAGCAUAAAUUCACAGAAAAUAAAACAAUCAUUUGAUUAUGUAGCUCGAAACAAGAUAAUAAAUAAGUUUUCAUACAAUCUUGGUUUUAUUGUUUACUGAUUAUUAAUAGCGCAUGGUGUAAACGUUGUAACUAUAUUCCGUGAUGGGAUGUUUACUAAGUAUUGACGAGAAGGAAGCUGUUCUAAGAUCUAAACAGAUAGACGCCUCACUCAAAAGCGAUGGCGAAAAAAUGGCAAGAAUAGCUAAGCUGUUGUUGUUGGGUGCUGGUGAGUCUGGGAAAAGUACAAUACUUAAGCAGCUAAAGAUUAUUCACCAAUCUAGCUACACAAGAGAGGAGUGCUUACUUUAUAAGCCUGUUGUUUAUAGCAACACCGUUCAGAGUAUGAUAGCAAUUAUACGAGCCAUGGGUCACUUGUACAUUAAAUUUGAGGACGAGUGUCGAAUAGACGACGCUCGAACUUUAUUUGCGUGUGCGAAUGAGGCCGCAGACGGUUACUUAUCAACUGAAUUAUAUAGUGCUCUUUAUCAACUCUGGAAUGAUGAUGGUGUUCAACAAUGUUUCAAGCGUUCAAGAGAAUAUCAAUUAAAUGAUUCAGCAUCUUACUUUUUCAAUUCUUUAGAUAGAUUGGCUAAACAUGAUUACAUUCCGACCGAUCAAGACGUAUUAAGAACACGUGUAAAGACUACGGGCAUACAAGAAACUCAGUUUUCUUACAAAAAGAUUGAGUUCCGGUAAAUGUUUUAAUAGUGAAUCCUGAUUGAUGUUCGCUUAAAUCAAACUUGUUAACUCUAAGAGCGGCAAUAGUUUCAAGUUCUCCAAUAAUGUCACCACCAGGAAGUUUUAAGUAGUAUGUUGAGAUGACGUUUUUUAUGAAAAUAUUAUUCAUGUGAUAAACUGAGAAUAAUUUGCGUUUUCAGUUGACUUUUAUUAAACUUCUAAUGAAAACAAAUUAGAGCAAGAUGAAGCGACUGAAAACAGAAGGCAUUGGGAGAAAAGUGUUUCGUUAAAAUCGUUUUGUUUCAUCUUGAGCUAAACGACGCUUUAUUCACGUGAUGUAAGUUUCCGAACAGCCGAGCAGAGAAAAUGACAUCUUUCAACCAAACUUUGAAGCAUAGUUACUUUUAAAUAAUUCUUUUUGAUCAAGAAAUCAUUCUUUAUCUGCGAAUAUUUUUAUUCAUGGUCAUUUUUACGUUCGUUUGAAAAUAUAGCAAUCAAUUCAGUUUACAAUCCGUCGACCGAAAUUCUUUGAUAUUCUUUACACUUUGGCUUAAUUUAGUACUUCAGUGAACAAACACUCAGGUGGGGAAGACCAAUUUAUUGUUUCUUGUACAAUUAAAUAGUAGUUUAGUAAAAUGUGAAAAUUAUACGCCAACUACAUUAUUUGCGAAUCUCCCUUGAGUUAUCUCUUACAAGCUUCCUUGUUCCUUUGUUUCUGUUUUCAUCUUGAUUACUUCUCUCUUCUCUUCAUUUUAAUCUUCUCAACCUGGUGCUACACACAACUUAUAUCUGCAAACACAAGUAUCAUACACCACAGUACAACUACUGUGUUAAUUCGAUCAGUGUUUUGCUUCUAACUAUUUACUGAUUUACAUUUAACACCCGGAUAAAGUUCCGUUUUUGAAAGAAAGCCAUUAACAGAAGGACUAUUGUAGGUUUAGUGUAGGAUAUUGAAAGUUUAUUAAGCUGGAGGAUACAAGAUAUAAAAGAAAUACCUGGGUAAAAGAACCGGUGAAUAAUGGUCUAUUUACCCCAGACUAAAUCGCGAUGAAGCAGAGCAACUCUUCAGAUAAACCCAUAAUGACUCCUCAAUAUGUCAGUUCUCGUGAUGGGUAAUAAGUUUCAAAAUGUAUCGUUCGAUUUUCUCACGUUUAAAAAUCUGUUUUAAAUUUAAAUAAUAAUUUUUAGUAAAGGUCGACUAAAACCGUGAAUGAUUGGUGAAGUGAACAUAAAAAUAAAUUUUUGCUUUAUUGUUACCCUUGCGACGAACUAUAUAAUUUGCACUUGUUUGUGAAUGAAUAUCUAUCUUAACUCUUUAUAAUUGAUAAUCUAACCCUUAAUAAAUUUGUAAGAUAUAAGAUUUCCAGUGAUUAAUUAGCUUAAUGGUGGCACUCUAGAUCCCCUUCUGUUUUUUCCUGACAAAAAUAAGAAAACCACUCACGAUUACUUUUCAUUGUUUGGUGAAUGUAGGUUAGUAGAUGUUGGCGGACAAAGAUCAGAAAGAAAAAAGUGGAUUCAUUGUUUCCAAGAUGUCACUGCAAUCAUAUUUGUGGUUGCAUUAAGUGAAUAUGAUCUUGGUCUAGCUGAAGACCAAACAACCGUAAGUUCUUAACUUUUAGUGGUUUGCGUAAACGGUUAACAAUUCUUUAAACAAUAAACAAACUUGUAUGAACUGAUGAGCAAGUUUUUAACUUGUUACUCAUAAGUAUUUCAGUCAACAAGAUGGGUUAGCCAUGAUGCUUUAAGUAAAAAAUAUUCUAACAGUUGAUUAUCAAAAGGACAGUUUUAAAGCAGAGCUAGAUCUCUUGAGCAGGAAAACAAGUCAGUAUGGGUUAGUCCACAUGUUUUAAUUGUGUAGAUUCACCGUCAGCUACCUUUAAAUCGGGAGACAGGAUAAUUCAUAACAUCAGUUACGUGUUUUCUAAGUCGUGUAGAGAAAUACAUAUAGACUUGCUGCCUGUAUUUAUGAUAGUUCAAUAGUUGGAGGUCUUUGUCAUCUUGAUUUAAAAUCAUACUCAACUUUCUGAAUUAACCAAAUUCAUGGUUUAGAACCACUAGUUGACCUUUGAGUCUAUUUGAAUGUUGGCUAGCAGUAAGAUUCUUGAUGCAUAUCACAUCCUGUUUGGGACUUUUUGGCUGGAGAUAUAUGUAUGCCAGUAUUAACGUACGUGUUAAAAUUGGAACUUAUCACAUAUCACCUUAAAUACUGACGUGCUGACGACUAUGACACUGAGGUUAGAUAGUCGCCAAGCUAUUCGGGGUGAAUGAUGUUUAUCAAUAAAUCAUGAAAUGUUUUUUCAUGAAUUUCGAAUGAGAAAAUAUGAGAGUCAUAGAUUCCAGCGCUACCAGUUAUUAACAUGUACGAAAACCUGUAGCGAAAGGGACAUAUAGAAAUACUCAUUAAGGCUCUACAUAUCCCCAUAAGUAUGGGUCAAAAUUCAGUCAUAAAUUUCAACAAAAGGAAAUUACAACCUCCAAGAACCAUAGUUAAUUUUUUCAGUGUUUUGAAUUAUAUACUUGAUGGUUUAGUCUAGUUGCCCAUAUUCAGAAAUCAAAACACAGUCAAUCGGCGUCUACUACGUAAAUAUAUAACAAUUAUAAUAUCGAAGCUUGUGUCAAGUGAACAACGAAUUCUUUUAAUCGGAAAGUUGCGUUAAUGCAUAAAAUAAAUCAGAAUGAAUGGAGCUUAUGGUAACGGCGUUCGUGCUUUGUUACAAAUAGAACAUGUAGUAGUUGUUGCAUCCAUAAAAAAUCUGAUAUUCAUUGUUCUGUAUAUAGAGAGAACUAUGGUUCACAAGUAAGUAAAGGCCAGCUCGUUGAAAACAUGAUCAUCUUCAGAGCUCAGUUACUGUGUUUGCUGGGUUCGAGCAAAAAUUGAUAGAUCGAAAUUGUCUUUGCCGACCAGUUCAAAUAAACUAGUCAAUGUAUUUUGCGAAGUUAUGGGGAUGGACGUAUACAGAGUUUGAUAGAAGUAAGCUAAAGUGUCUGAGUUUGACAGGAAAUUACUUGCCACUUUGUCCGUUUACCUGGCAGUUAGAUGAUACAUAACAAUGUUGGUACGUCAAAUGAUUUCCGAAUAUCCUAGAUAAAAAUUUUGAAAAUAUCUUUCUACCAUGAAUCACUGACCAUCAAAUGACUAUAAUCCGAGAAGUGAUUCGUGAGUGGUCGAUUUUUACAUUGAUAACGCCAUAGAAGUUGGUUUUUGACGUCGAAAUACCCCCUACUCUGAUUUCUUACUUCUGAUCAACUCACUUUUUGUACCUCUUAUUUUAUCAAUGUUUUCGUUUUACAAUGUGUGUAGUUCGUAAUGGUUUCUCUCAACUGAAAAUUGUUUCCUACGCUAAUGAUCAAGAUAUAUUCCAUUCUAAUGUAGAAACUCAAAAUCAAUAAAUAGAAACUAUGGCAUUUUUUCUUACAUUAUUAAUUACACUGUUUCUUCAUAUAAAAAACAUCAUAAUCUAUUUCUUUAAUGAUAUAUGAUGGAAAAAAUUUACCAACAGAUAAAUUGCAAUGUCAGUUCAUUUACUUUACAUAUUAUGAAUAACUGAAGAGAAGCAUUUGAAUAACUUGAGUCCCUAUUUAUGUAUUGAAAAUUUUCUUUUCAUUUGAUUUGAUGAAAAGUACUUGUAUUUCAAGCUUAUAUGAAAACAUAAUUUUUAAUUUCUGUAUGCAGUCAAAAGGUUCAUGUGAUUUACCUUAGCUAUGCAGUCGAUUUCAGUAUUGUUCAUAACUCUGAAGUUAUAACCUAAUAUAACUCAGAAUAUUUAACAAAAUGCAUCUACAAAAUUAAAAAGAACCGAAUAUUUUACCUAUAACUUCGCCAUCAUCACUAUAAUAACAAUAAGUAUAAUAAAUUAAAAUCGAUAAAAUGUUAUUAGCAACACCAACAAUAAAAAUAAUUUGACAAGCAGAAAAUAAUUAUUUCAAAAUAUAUUGACAACGCAAAUCCGUUUUCAUACGUUACUUUUAAUGGUAUGACAACGACACAAAUAUUUAUUAAUUGUGACCUUAUAUCGAUCCUAGCAAGAAGUAAUUGGUUUAUUAAGUACUUACGUAAUUGCUCUUUUGCUAUUGAUGUUUGUUAAAAAUGUCACAUAUAAUAAAUAAUCCAUUCAAGGUGAUUGAAGUGAAAAUUGGGGAACACAAUUGAAAUCUUAUAGAAUUAUGAUGAUAACUAACUGAUUAUUAUAGACCAUAUAGGUAUAAUAGUAAACACAAAUCUAACCACUAUGUAAUUACAUAUGUAGAUAAACGUAAGUGAACAGAUUCUUUCAUUAUAAUUAAACUGAAUCUGGUCUACUGUGAGUGUCUUUUAAAUGUAAUCCGGAUAAUGGAUAAGUUUAGUGCUAUACAAAUGAGCCCCUGAUAAGAUUAUGACUCUUGUAGCCACAAUUAGUUGUUGAAUAGUCAAUACCAACCAAAUGAAUGCACACUACAGAAGUCCCAGGAUGAAUCACAAUAUAUAUCAUUCUGAUUGAGAUCAUGAAUCAAUUGAUGUUAAACCACCGUUGGAAACCUGGAUUCACUGGACGGCCGUUUCGUCCUAGUAUGAGACUCCUCAGCAGUGCGCAUCCACGAUCUCGCUCUCCGCGAGAUUCGAACCCAGGAC